UCCUGCCAGAAAGCCCAUUUCUUCUUCUGGUCCAAAGAAAAGAAAAAAGCAAAAAAAUUGGACAGUGUAAGUGAGCAAGAACAGCCGGCGCGGGUUAGCAAGCCAUGGAACUUGACUAACAGUUAUUGCCCAGUAAAGUAAACGCGAUCAAAAUUCACCAAACACACAAAUGAAGAACGUUCUUUUGUGAUCCUUGUAAUUUAAUCUGAUUCAUUUUCAUGUAUAAUUUGUGAGAUCGGAAGCUACCGAAAAUUUGUUGGCACCAAAAAGAAAACAAAAAUGAAGAAAAUUCUCUGCGAUUUUCGGUUCCUCCUAUUUCUCGCUGCUGCGGCGUUCAUCUAUAUCCAGAUGCGGCUUUUCGCGACGCAAUCACAGUAUGCUGAUCGUCUUGCCGAUGCGAUAGAGUCGGAGAACCAAUGUACAUCUCAAUUGAGAACACUAAUUGAUCAAAUAAGCUUGCAACAAGGACAAAUUGUUUCCCUAGAAGAAGAAAAGCAACGGCUAGAGCAAGAGUGUGGACAACUGAAGGUCCUUGUUCAAGAACUUGAAAGGAAAGGCCUAGGUAGGCUGAUUGACAAAGAACAGGUGCCAGUGGCAGCAGUUGUAAUUAUGGCAUGCAAUCGUGCUGAUUAUCUGGAAAGAACUGUUAAGUCAAUUUUAAAAUAUCAGAGUUCUGUUGCUUCAAAGUUUCCUCUAUUUGUCUCCCAGGAUGGAUCGCAUCCAGCUGUCAAAGAGAAGGCUUUGAGCUACGAUCAGCUUACCUAUAUGCAGCAUUUGGAUUAUGAACCCGUUCAUACUGAUAGACCUGGGGAGUUGAUUGCGUACUACAAAAUUGCACGUCAUUACAAAUGGGCAUUGGAUGGAUUGUUCUACAAGCAUAACUUCAGCCGAGUAAUCAUACUCGAAGAUGAUAUGGAAAUUGCUCCUGAUUUUUUCGAUUACUUUGAGUCGGCAGCAGCUCUCCUUGACAAGGAUAAGUCUAUCAUGGCUGUUUCCUCGUGGAAUGACAACGGGCAAAAGCAGUUUGUACAUGAUCCUAAAGUACUUUAUAGGUCGGAUUUCUUUCCUGGACUUGGGUGGAUGCUGGCUAGAUCCACGUGGGAUGAGCUAUCACCAAAGUGGCCAAAGGCUUACUGGGAUGAUUGGUUGAGGUUAAAAGAGAAUCAUAAAGAUCGACAAUUUAUUCGGCCAGAAGUUUGCAGAACAUAUAACUUUGGUGAACAUGGUUCUAGUCUGGGGCAGUUUUUCAAACAAUAUCUUGAGCCAAUCAAGCUGAAUGAUGUCCUGGUUGACUGGAAAUCAAUGGAUUUGAACUACCUGAUUGAGGACAAGUAUAUAAAGCACUUUGCUGAUAUUGUGAAAAAGGCUAAACCCAUUCGUGGAACGGAUCUUGUACUAAAGGCACGUAACAUUGGUGGUGAUGUUCGCAUACAGUACAACGACCAGCCAGACUUUGAACGCAUUGCACGUCAAUUUGGUAUUUUUGAAGAGUGGAAGGAUGGUGUACCAAGGACAGCUUAUAAAGGAAUAGUUGUUUUCCGAUAUCAAAUCCUACAACGUAUAUUCCUAGUUGGUCCGGGUUCUCUCGUGCAGCUUGGAGUUAACGAUUCUUGAUGCAAAGAUGAGAGUUCAAAAGGACAAAGUUUUGUUUCCAAGGUUCAACAUUUAGGUUCAAGAAAAACAUUUGUUCUUGAAGCACAAGGGUAACUCAUACCAGUAGAGAACCAAUGUUAACUAAACCUAGAUGAGCCAGCUGCGUUUUUUCCCCCGUGAUUUGAGUGUUGCAGCUGGCUAUGUCUUCAUUCUCUUCUGUAAUUUGACUUCAGAAACUUUACCUAAUUGUCGCAUUCAACAAGUAGCAAGCUCCCACAUCUCUGUUGUCCUCAAGGUGGUUGUCUCCAUACGUCUACUACAUAUUCGGUGGGUCGUCGCAGAGCAAGAAAGGCGAAUCGU